AUGUCUACCCCAGCGAAAGUAAUAUCGAAGAAGGGAAAAAAGAAGCCGAUACCAGUGAAAACAUCUCUGAAUAAUCCAUACAGGCUUCAGUGGAGCCCACUGGAAAACGAACACGUGGAUUUCAUACUCAACACACUAAAAGACAAAAUAACUGAUGUUGGUCUUCAGAAAAAACGUGUGAAAAAGUGUCGCGAGUGGGGAAGCAGAAGGUCCAGAAAAAAGGUAUCUAAGUGUUCUGAGGAGGACAACAAACCAGCUGCUGAAUCAGCAGAAAGUACAAAGAAGCCCACUGAACCGUGCUGGACCAACGUAGCAGUGAGGAAACAGCUGGCCAUCGGCAUCAACGAGGUCACAAAGGGUUUGGAGAGGAAUGAAUUGAGCUUGGUGCUCGUGUGUAAUUCGGUCAUGCCAUCACACAUGACGUGCCAUUUAAUCCCGUUGAGUAAAACGAGGUCAGUGCCCGCCUGUCAGGUGCGCCGUCUGAGUGCGCAUCUCGCGGGGUUGUUGGGACUCAAGUGCGUCCUGGCGCUGGGCUUCAAACGCGAUGCGGCGGAGUUCGCAGAUGUCGUCAGUGCCAUCACGCCCGUGGUUCCGCCGCUAAGCGUGGCUUGGGUUCCGACGGAUUCAUCACCGAUUACCACCGAAGUGGAAGGAUGCAGCGCAGAAAAACACACAGAUUCAGCAAAGGGACAAAAGAGGAAAUUAGAAGAGAUUUCAGAUGAAGCCAGCGAGGCCUCCCCUCUGAUCCUCCAGCCUCUAAAAGUAAAGAAAAUCAUCCCUAAUCCCACCAAGAUAAGAAAACAGAAAAAGAAAAAGUGA